CGACAGGAGGCGCCGCUCUGCCGCGGUUUGCUUUCUGAGUCUGAGAUCCGAGGAUUCCAGACGCGCCCGCGCGCUCCUCGGUCUCCCUGGACCAUGGAGUUGCUGAGGGGGAGAGCGGCACGGGGAGGGCAGGAGCGGAAGUUAGGGAGCGGAGAAGCCCAGGAGCUGUGCCUCUUUGUGUCGUAAUGCACGACCAUCGUGAUAAGCGAUGAGCAGAUGAGCGAUAGCAGCAGUGCUUGUGCAAGAAGACAGGAUGAAUGCUCUUUGCCAAGAGCUGUUGUUACCUGGCUCCACAGUGACAGGAAAUGAAGACAGCCAUGGUGUCCCUGGGGAGGACUUAGCGGCGGGACAGAAUUUGCUCUUAACAGAAACAUCUGUGGUAGGGACAGGGACAGCUGGUGUUGAAAUAUUUGUAGAAGCCAUGACUGACACUAUGUCCCUCAGCAAUCCUGACAGCACUACAGAAGUCUUGGUUAAAGUUGUAGAACUAUAUUUCUGUGAACGAUGUGGGCAGAGCUUUUCUGAUCCCAGCCUACUUUCUCAGCAUCAGUGUGUAGAGAUUUCCAGAGAACAACUUGCAAGCAUCCCUCAGCUCCAAGGAUUACCAGUAGCCCUUACAAGCCAUGCUCUAGCUGCUGCUGGAGAGCCACCAACUGCCCCUCAGUCCCCACUGGAUGACAGUAGGCAGGACGUAGAUCUCUUCCCUGAACCUCUCCUGUGCCCAGUUUGCCGGUUAGAGUUUGCCCUGCCUUCUGAACUGAAGGGACACUUUAAGGAUCAUCACAAACAGCAGGGUGCUCAUGGCUGCCCUGUGGAGGACUGUCACUUCAGCUCAGAGGAUCGAAAGACGCUUCGGGGACACCUGCGGUGCGUCCAUCAGAUCUCUCCCAUUGCCUGUACCUAUCGUGGUUGCCCCGCACUGUUCCAGAAUCAAGAGGACAUGGAACUUCAUCGUAGGAGCCACUUUCCAUUCCACUGUGGCCACUGCAACUUCAUCAGUGCUAGCACAAAGCAGUUUGGACUGCACAGGCAUAGCCAUCUGCUGGAAGAAGCAACUGCAGCACUGCAGGAGACGAGAGUAGGAUCUGAGAGCAAUGAAUGUAGCUUAAUUGCUGUUGCAGGAGAGGAACUGAAUGAUCAUCUCCUUCUGAAUUCAGGAGAUGUGGCUGAGUACUCCAAAAGCUUGUUCAAGACCCACAUGUGUCCAGAGUGUAAGCGUUGCUUUAAGAAGCGGACGCACCUGUUGGAGCACCUUCACCUCCACUUCCCUGACCCAAGGUUGCAGUGCCCAAACUGUCAGAAAUUCUUCACUAGCAAGAGCAAGCUAAAGAUCCAUAUGAUGCGUGAGGCUGGAGAGAAAGCCCAUUGCUGCCCGCUCUGCCACUACAGCUCUGUGGAAAAGAAUGCCCUCAACCGUCACAUGGCCAGCAUGCAUGAGGACAUCUCUAAUUUCUAUUCAGAUGUAUAUUCUUGCCCGGUGUGCAAAGAGACAUUUAAGAUGAGCCAGGCCCUCAAGGAGCAUCUGAAGACCCACAAAGCUGAGCCCAAGCAACUGAGCUGCUUCCAGACUGGCUGCAGCUACAGCUCCCAGGACCGCAAGGAGUUCCUCCGUCACGUCAGGGAGGCCCAUGACAUUAAAGCCGUGGAGUGCAAGUACUAUGCGUGCUCUCAGCUCUUCCCCACUGCAGAGAUCAUGGAAGAGCAUCGCAAGACGCACUAUGCCUUCCAUUGCCAGCACUGUGAUUUCAUUUGUUCCAAUAAGUAUGUCUUCCGCAAGCAUAAGAGGCAAGGCCACUCAGGAAGUGAACAGCUCAAGUGCAGCUUCUGCCCUUUUGCCACAUUCAACUCGGUGCAGUUUCAGGACCACGUUAGUAAGAUGCAUGCCAGCGAGAAGAUACACAAAUGUGCGGAGUGCAACUUUGCCACUGCGCACAAGAGGGUUCUCAUUCGGCACACGCUGCUUCAUACAGGAGAGAAGCCUCACAAAUGCAAGCUGUGUGAUUUCACAUGUCGAGAUGUGAGUUACCUUUCCAAACACAUGCUGACUCAUUCUGAUGAUAAGAACUACAUGUGUACAGAGUGUGGCUAUGUGACAAAGUGGAAGCACUACUUGAAUGUCCACAUGCGGAAGCACACCGGAGACCUCAGGUACCAGUGUAACCAGUGUCCAUACCGCUGCCAUCGGGCUGACCAGCUGAGCAGCCACAAACUGCGGCACCAAGGCAAGUCCUUGAUCUGCGAGGUGUGUGGCUUUGCUUGCAAACGCAAGUAUGAGCUCCAGAAACACAAGAAGACAAAGCAUUCCCAGGAUUACCAGUCUCCCAUCUUUCAGUGCCAGUACUGCAGCUACCAGACCAAAUACAAGCAAGCCUUGCUCAACCAUGAGAACUGCAAACACACCAAGCAGAGGGAGUUCCGUUGUGCUCUGUGUCCUUACCGCACCUUCAGCAACACAAGUCUCUUUUUCCACAAGCGCAAGACCCAUGGUUAUGUACCUGGAGACAAGGGCUGGCAGGACAACUAUGCCAGCAGGGAACUGGAGGUCAGUUCUACUGAGGUGCUGCUCAGCUAUAACCUUGCCAUGACACUGCCUUCAGAGCCCAUCUCCCUGCCAAUGAAAGGGCCAUGGCAAGAUAAAGCCAAAGCUCUAGUUUCAGAGGCCCAGGAGGAUAAUUGCCACCAGGAGAAACUCAUCACACCUCUGUUUGGCAAUGGUGACACUGUGAGAAGAGAAGAUGCUGUGAGACAGCAAUGCCCUCGUAAGCCAGAUGGGUCUCCUUCAGAAGCAUCUUGUCAGAGCUCAGGAGAGCCAGGUAGUGUCGGUCAGGUAGCCCCCAGUUGCACUCUGCACUUGGAACCCCUCUGCAACUCAGACUCUUCUGUGGUGCAACUGACUGAGGAGAUGCCUUCAGCUCUGGCUGAUACUGGGGAGACUCUGAACUGCAGGGAGGUGGACCCUGACUAUCAAGUGUUAGGCUCCAGGGACUCCCUUGUUUUGGAGGAUAGUGAACCUGACCUUGAAGAUAUUCCUGACUUUGAGGAGGAGGCAACGGUUCCUGGGGAUGGAGACUUGGAGUUGGAGAAAGAAGUGGGUCCCAGCACUGGUGAGAAGAGUGCUCCACAGGACCUGAGGCAUGCUACAGCAAGGCAAAACUCUGAAGCUCUGCAGGCACCACCCAGCUCUGAGGAGGAGUGCAGAGAACCACAUGCCCAGGAGCUUUGUUCAGCAGUGUUAAGGUCUGGUCCUAGCCUUGAGACUUCUCUUGCUUCAGAAAAUGUACUUCUCAGCAGUGAAGAGAAUUCUCAGUCAGAAACAGUGCUUAAAGCUCUCAGGAAGCAGGACAAGGAGGAAGCAGAAAGCCUGGUCCUGGAAGGGAGGGUGCAGAUGUUGGUGGUUCAGUCUGAGAGUCGGGUCUUCAAGUGUGAGAAAUGCUCCUACAUCACCAGGAAGGAGAAGUCUAUGCUGAUCCACUGCAGAGCUGGCUGCCAGAACAGGAAAUGCCCCUUGGUGUGCCAGGACUGUGGGGCCAUCUUCAAACAGCAGAGAGGUCUGAAUACCCAUCUGCUUAAGAAAUGUCCAGUCCUCAUGAAGAAGACCAAUGGGAAAGCAGCCUGCUUAGAUCAGACUACUGGUGGGCAGCCCAAUGGGAAGAGCUUUGACAUAGCUGAGGUAAGGCAAAAUGGAGUAGGUGCCUUAGAUGAGGCAGGAAUAAGCAAGCUGCAAGACGUUUCUCAGGAAAUAGAACAGAAAUCUAUCAGUGAUGAAUCUGUGGCCAGUCCAGACCAUCAGACCAGAUCAAGCAAUUCGCGUGGCAGGCAAUCUCAAGAUAACCCAGAAGCAAUGGUGGAAGAGCUGUUCCCAGAAGCUAAUGAAGAUCAUGCGGUCUAUCAUUCAGAGAGAUACUAUUUGGAACAGGGCAAGUUCCACUGCAAAUCCUGCCCCUUCGUCUGUUCACGGAUAUCCACCAUCCGCUCCCAUGUGGACGAUGUCUGCCGUGGGAUGGAACGGUUCUGGUGUCCUACGUGCUCCAAGCUCUUCUGCUCAAAGAAGGCCCUCAAGAUCCAUCAGUCACAAGCACACGUUGAAGCUCAUCCUUCUGGACCACUUGAAGAGUCCAAUUGCAUGGCAACCCCUGAGGAAGGAAAUGAGCAAGAGAAUAGAGAAAUAAGCCAUGGGGAGGUGGGCCAAUCCCAUGAACUAAUGGAGUCAGUGUCUCCUCAUCCAGUCACCCUCCGAAAAAGUCGGUACUUCUCAUGUACUACCUGCCCUUUCACCUGCCACCAGGAACGGGCCUUGAAGACUCACAAGAAACGAGGUUGCCUGAAGUUGGGUGAGUUCCGCUGCACGCUGUGUUCCUUCACCUCCAAGGCAGCUGCAGCCCUUCGGCUCCACCGCAAGCUCCACCGGAAGUACUACAGUUCACGGCCCCAGUUGGCUUGCCACCAAUGCAGCUUCACCUGCAAGCAGUUGCGUUGCCUACGCCAGCACAUCCGCAUCAAGCAUGAAGGUGUGAAGCCCCACAAGUGCCCUUACUGUGAAUUCAGCACCACCCGGCGCUACCGCCUGGAUGCCCACCAGUCCUUGCACACAGGCGUGGGCCGCAUUGCCUGUCUGACUUGUGGCCAGACCUUUGGCACCAAUUCCAAACUGCGUAUUCACUGCUUGCGUGUCCAUGAAAAGAAGCCCACCCACUUCUGCCCGCUGUGUGAUUAUAGUGGCUACAUUCAGAACGACAUCACUCGCCACGUAAAUAGCUGCCACCAAGGGGAACUGAAUUUUGCAUGCUCUCACUGCAAGGCCCGCUUCAGUUCAGAAACGGCCCUCAAACAGCACACUCUACGACAGCAUGAAGAAAAAGUAUCCUAUAGUUGCCAUCACUGUGCCUUCAUCUGCCACAGCGAGGCCACCCUCAAGUGCCAUGCUCAGAAACAGCACCCCCACCUGGAGUGUGCAAUUUGUAAAGAGACUCUGACCACCCGUGAGGAGUUGGAGGAACAUAAGAAGUUACAUUUCAGCCACCGCUGUGACAUCUGCAACUUCGGUGCCAAAGAUCGGCAGCAGCUGGUGAGCCACUACUUGACAGCCCAUGAGCCUUCUGUGGCAGUGGAAUGGCCACUCAGGUGUUCCUUCUGUGACUUUGGCUGUCAACAUCAGCUGGUGUUUGAUCACCAUAUGAAGGGACAUGGCAGCACUCGCAUCUACAAGUGCUCCGACUGCAAGUACACCACUAAGAACAGGCAAAAGAUCACAUGGCACAUCCGUAUCCAUACUGGAGAGAAGCCUUACAAGUGCCACCAGUGCCAGUAUGCUUGUGCCGACCCUUCACGCCUCAAGUAUCACAUGCGCAUCCAUAAGGAGGAGAGGAAGUACCUUUGCCCAGAAUGUGGCUACAAGUGCAAGUGGGUGAAUCAGCUGAAGUACCACAUGACGAAGCAUACAGGGAUCAAGCCAUACCAUUGUGACGAGUGCAACUACUGUACUAACCGUGCAGAUGCCCUGCGCAUCCACAAGCAGACGCGCCACCAUGAGGCCCGCUCUUUCGUCUGUGAACAGUGUGGGAAGGCCUUUAAGACCCGAUUCCUCCUCAAGACGCACAUGAAGAAGCACAGCGAGGAUAAGCCAUAUGUUUGCAAUGUCUGCUGCCGGGGUUUCCGGUGGGCCGCUGGUUUGCGACACCACUAUCUCAUCCACACCAACGAGCACCCCUUCUUCUGCUGCUACUGCAGCUACAAAGCCAAGCAGAAGUUCCAAGUGAUCAAACAUUUGCAGAGACACCACCCUGAGCACUGUGGAACGGAGGGAGACCUUAUCAAGGGGGUGGGCAAAGACUCCAGUUCACUUACUGUCCAUCUGCAUGAUGUUCAGCUUGAGAUUUCUGCACCCGGGAACCCAGAAGAAGGGGAGGCCCAAAUGGCCCCACACAGCUGAAUCAAAACCAAAAAGUGGACUUGCAAACUGAGUGUCUUUGUUGCAGAUCCUGUAAGACUGAGUUGAAUGGAAACCUAGUCUUGACAGCAUGUAGACUCCGCGUCCCAACUGCUUUAAGCUUACUGGUAGAAACAGAGGCACUUCUAGGUCACGUACAUGGACUUGUCUGUGUUUAUUAAGUAUAUAUAAAUAUAUAUGUAUAUAUGUAUAUGGGAUGUAAAAUAUGUUACUGUAUAAACUUGUUUCAAGUUUU